UUACCUGUUUAGAGUGGUCGAAAGCGUUAAGAAAACGGUAUAAAUUUUAAAUAUGACUUUAAACCAUCAACUAUAUACGACAUACAAAAUCCCACUGUACGCUAAGGAGUAAGAAGAAGGUGAUACUUUAGAAAAAGCUCAAAUGAUCGUCUGAACGCUUGGGUGUCAAUCGCAUCAAAAAUGGCUGUUUCGCAAUUGGUGGAGAAGCUGAAGUUUGGCGACAGGUACGUUUUGGUGAAUAUCGUCGUGAAGCCGGUGGAAGAUCCACCGUAUAGCGGCACCCCGGUGGGGUUUGGAUUUGCGGAGCGCAACAAGUUUCUCUCGAGCGAAAUAUGGCAUUCGUUCGUCUACCCGAAGCUUCGUGAAAUAUUUGACCAAAAUUUGGCUUUGAUUGGUGAAAAUCUUGAUCCGACGUAUGAAAAGGAUAAGGAUUAUUUCUUGAAAUGUGUCGAGCGUCCCUACCUGGAAAUGAGGGUUAACUUCCGGGAUUGUGCGUAUCGCAACAGAUUGAACAUUUUGUUUCAUGAGGAGGAGAGAAAUUUACACCACUGCUGCUUUUAUGUUGAAAUUAGAGAUCAAGGGCGUACUUUUGUGAAGAAGAUUGAGGAUCGCGACGCCUUUAUUCAUCAACUGUUAGAUGAGAACAAAAGAAUGAAGGCGCAGAUCGCGGCUCUUAAAUCAGGCGCUCCGACAGACGCUACCGGAGUGGAAGGAAACGAUCCGAAGCCAGUUAAAAAGCACGUGCCCGAUGCUCCGACCGUCCAUCCACCCCUUAUCAAAAGAACUUACAAACCGUCAGCCGAUAGCUCCCAACCCGGUCCUUCAUCCGCACCCGACUCUUACACAAUGAAAGUUCUCUGUAAAUUUCCAACACGCCAAAACUCACCAAGCGGCCCAACCUUUUCGCUCGAUGCUGUUAGUAGUACGGACAGUGAGAAUUCGUCUACUACUUUUACACGGGAACUGCCACCAAGGAGCAGUAAACCGCAGGAGCAAGGUUUUUUCACGGAAACCCCGGACGAGCAGGCGUAUAAAAUGGCAGGGCAGAAAAUGGCAGACAAACGUAAGCAGGAUGCAUUGGCAGGGCCGAGCAAAACGAAAAGCCACAAGGCUAAGAUAGCCACAAACAACGAUCAGGAUGAAAAGAAACAAGAAAAACCUAAAGUGCUCGAUUGCACCGACAUGCCUGAAUCGGAAAUCUUAGCCACAUUUGCCGGUUACAGGCAGGAGCUGCACGAAAUAUUUCUGAAGCACAAGGAUGAACUAGAAGAGCAGUGGAUGGCGAAUAAAGAGCUGGUCUACUAUACAGACGUUGCUCACUUGUUUAAUGAGGAUCAGAAGAUGGCCAUGAUGCAAGUACUGGAAAAUGAAUUUGUGCCAAUUGAACUGAAUGGAAAGUAUACUGAAUUUUUUACUUCCACCCUGCUGAUGGAAUGGAUUAUACGUAUUUUCAUGAAGCGGUACAAAUUUACAACUCGCCAAGAGGCCUUAAUACUUAUCAAGAAGCAGGAAGGGGAGGUCCUUGAAUACAUUGCCAGAGAUUGGUAAUAAGCCACCAUAUGUGAUCUGAUCAUAGUUCCUUAACAUUUACAUUUGUUUUAUAAAUUUCCUAUUGUCAUUUUUAUAAUCAUAUUUUAUACAUCAUUGUCAUAUUUAAUAAAUACGGCAGUGCGGCCGUUUUGCUUGCUUGCUUGCUACAUUACCCUUUAACCCGCUUAACUGCUUUCAACAAUGCUUUUUGCUUUAAAAAAAAAAAUAAAAAUAUGAAUAAAAAUUCAAUAGCAAGU